CUGCUGGAUGGCGCUGCACAGCGAGCGGCUGCCGCCGGACUGCAGCGCCCAGCCCGCCCCCGGCACGCCAGGAGAUGAGCACAUCUAUGCUGCACUGUUUGCAAAACUGAAGAAGUUUCUGGUGAGGAGAGCAUCAGAUGGAGAUCCUCCAGCGCCUUUUCUGGACGGACAACGGUACUAUGAACAGGGGUUGUAUGAAGAAGCAUUAACGCAAUUUAAAAAAAUUGAGGAUACAGAUUUUCAAGCCAUGUUUCAGCUUGGUGUAAUGUAUUAUGAUGGACUAGGCACUGAAAAAGACCCUGAAAGGGCAGUGGAAUACAUGAAUAAAAUACUCAACUCUGAUUCUCCAAAAGCAAGACACCUGAAGGUUGCAGCUGCAUACAAUCUUGGCAGGGCGUAUUAUGAAGGAUGUGGUGUUAAGCGUUCAACCGAAGAGGCUGAAAGGUUGUGGCUUAUUGCUGCAGACAAUGGAAAUCCAAAAGCAAGUGUAAAGGCCCAGAGUACUUUAGGAAUGCUUUAUUCUAUGCCAGUUCUAAAAGAUCUGAAGGAGGCCUUUUUCUGGCAUUCAGAAGCAUGUGACAAUGGAAAUCUGGAAUCACAGGGAGCACUUGGCAUUAUGUAUCUCUAUGGACAAGGUAUACGUCAAAACACUAAAGCUGCUUUGAAGUGCUUGAGAGAAGCAGCAGAACGUGGAAACAUCUAUGCUCAAGGCCAUCUUGUAGAAUAUUAUUACACUAAAAAAUUUUACUCAAAAGCUGCUGACCUAGCCAAAAGGACCACAGAAAACAAUGACAUCGAUAUGCUAGCCAAGAAAGCUGAUUGCCAUCCAACAUAUGUAGCCAAGGGGGUUGCUAUGGCUGCUUUCUACUUGGCUAGAUGCCUCCAGCUUGGCCGAGGUAUAAAGCAAGAUCAAGAAGCUGCUAAAAAAUACUAUUCUAAGGCAUGCCACCUGGAUCCUGCUGUUGCCUCUGACCUUGAAGUGGCAGCUAAUCUUGGGAGAAUUUAGCACUUCCUUUAACUAUGACUGGUAUAUAAAUGUAUUUCCUACAGUAAAUCAUCAUUCAUCUCCAGCAAUUACAGACUGUGCCUUACUUACUGCUUGUUUUCAACUUUCUCUAAAUUCUUAUUUAAAGCAAUUUCCUGAUUCAUUUUAUCUAAAAUAAAGAAAAAAGCUCACUCUUUCUUUAGCUGAGAUGAAGGCAAGGCAGACUUUUUAAAAUAGUAUCAAAGACUUAAAGUUUUAUUAAGGACAUUUAUCUGGGAACAGAUAUAUUUUCUUUAUGUCAUACUGCUAUAUAGCACAUGAAUCAAGCCAAAACCAAAUAAAAAUAGUUU